UACUGCACACACAGCUGCACACGCUCCGCUCCAGAGACUACACAACCUCUCUGUGACGAGAGAGCCAAGCUACCGCCGCCUGCGCCGCACACUGUCUACCGCACACUGUCUACCGCACACAGUCUACUGCUCUGAAUUUAUACAGGACAGAGACGUGAGAGAGACGGAGUGAGAGACAGGGAGGUGUAGACAGAGACAGUGAGGAGGGGAAUAGGAUUACAGAAGGCGUGUUGUUGGCUGGCUCGGAGAGGCAGAUAAUCUAGGCUUGGCAGUGGGCUUGGCUUGGUUCAUCUCUGUCUUUCUUCCCCUCUCUCUUUCUCUCUCUCUCUCUCUCUCAACUCUGUCUGUCUGUCUGUCUGAGGGCAGCAGUCGUCGUCGUUGGUUCCUCUGGGGGUCUGCCAUGGUUGUCUGGAGAGCCGACGGUGGUUGGGGUGCGGCGAGAGGAUCAUGAAUUUGGAUGGGGAGUUUUGAAGAGUUUCUGCUGAGAAAGCCCAACUAUUACACUCAUAGAAGGAGGCGUGGCUUUGAACCAGAGGUGGUGCCACACCCAACCCAGCUGAUUCCAGAUGGAAGUGGAUGCGGUUGAGAAGCGCCAUCGAACGCGUUCCAAAGGGGUCCGAGUUCCAGUGGAGACGGCAGCACAGGAAUUAUUCAGCUGUCCUACUCCAGGCUGUGAUGGAAGUGGACAUGUCAGCGGCAAAUAUGCCAGACACCGAAGUGUCUAUGGUUGCCCCCUGGCCAAAAAGAGGAAGACCCAGGAGAAACAGCCUCUGGAGCCUGCCCCCAAGAGGAGGCCCUUCUUAACCCCUCCCGACCCAGAGGAGGACACUGUUGCCAUCUUCCCCUGCUAUGAACCUGAACCCAUGGAUGAGAGGGAGGAGAAGGAGCAGGGGGAGUUAGAGGGGGAGAUCCAGGAGGAAGGGGAAGAGGAUGAAGGUGAGGGAGAGGAAGAGGGUGAAGAGAUGGAGGAGGAGGAAGGAUUUUCGGAGGAUAACGAGGAGCAAGGUGAUGAGGAAGGGGAAGAGGAGGAAGAGGAGGAACAGGUGGAGAGGGAGAGAGUGGUAGUAGGGCCAGUAGAGGUAGAACAGGUGGAGGAUGGGAUAGAGGAAGACGAGGAAGCAGAGGAUGGGGAUGAUGAAGAGCAAGAAGAAGAGGAGGAGCAAGAGGAGGAGGAGGAUGAGGGUGAUGAAGAUGAACAUGAGGAAGAAGAGGAGGAAGAAGUGCACCAUGAGCCAGGGAACCGCUACAAAAAUAGUGGACAAUCAAGGCAUCACUCGAUGGGACAGAAGGACAACAACAACAACAACAGCGGCCCCGGUCCAAACAUCGGCCCUAACGGGGAAGAGUAUGAAAACUACGAUGAGCUGGUGGCCAAGUCCCUUCUCAACCUGGGGAAGAUAGCAGAGGACGCUGCCUACCAGGCCAUGACCGAGUCAGAGAUGAACAGCAACUCCUCCAACAGUGCCGGCGAGGACGAUGAUGAUGAUGAGGAAGAGGGUAGCGAGCGCGGUGGGAGCAGGAAGGGCGAGUUGAGCGUGGACCUGGACAGUGACGUGGUCAGGGAGACAGUGGAUUCACUCAAGCUGUUGGCGCAGGGCCACGGUGCCAUGCUGCCUGAAGACGGCUGCCUAGAAGGGGUGGAUGACGGCGAGCAUCCCAAUGGGCGGUCCCACCAUCAUGGGGUCAGGGGUCAGGCUGAGGAGAGCGAAGAGGAGGUGUGUCUCAACAGCCUGGAGUGUCUGAGGAACCAGUGCUUUGACCUGGCCCGCAAGCUAAACGAGACUUCUCCAUCUGACCGCCCUGGACACCCGGGCCUGCACCACUACCAGACACAUCAGAACCACCACCCUCACCAGCCCCACCACCACCUACUGCACCAAACCGACCACCAGCACCAUCAGGCUCAGCACCAGCCUCAGGACCACCACCACUUGCCCAGGUACGAGAGCUGCCAGCAGGGCCAGCAGCCAGACGAGCGUGGGUCCCUGGAGCGCAACUACUCAGACAUGGUCAACCUGAUGAAGCUGGAGGAGCAGCUGAGCCCGGCCUCAAGGACGGGCUACUCGGCCAGCUGCCACCAGGACGGGGAUGAGGACACCACAUCGGUGGCCUCGGAUCGCUCGGAAGAGGCCUUCGACAUGACAAAAGGCAACCUGUCCCUCCUGGAGAAGGCCAUUGCUAUGGAGUCGGAGCGAGCCAAGGUCAUGAGGGACCGCAUGGCCUUGGAGGGACAUCAUGCGGUGGUCCGGAGAGACAAUCAUAAUCACCACCAUCGCGGCGAGCACAGCCCCCGACAGAGCAGCGGGGCUGAGGAGCGCAAGUCCAGAAUGCACCACGACGGGUCAAAGAGAGCAUACUACCCUAAAGAUUCCUCAAGGGGGGACAAGAAGGAGAGUAAGUGUCCAACCCCGGGCUGUGAUGGGACAGGCCACGUCACGGGUCUCUACCCCCACCACAGGAGCCUGUCAGGCUGCCCCCACAAGGACAGGGUGCCACCAGAAAUUCUUGCAAUGUAUGAAAAUGUUCUAAAGUGCCCUACUCCUGGCUGCUCGGGGCGUGGCCAUGUCAAUAGCAACAGGAACUCCCACCGCAGUCUCUCGGGGUGCCCCAUCGCCGCUGCAGAGAAGAUGGUUAAAGUCCAGGAGAAGCACAUCCCAUGUGACGGGGGCCCCAAGUCCAGCCAGGCUUCAGAUCGUGUGCUGAGGCCAAUGUGCUUUGUGAAACAGCUGGAGAUCCCACAGUACGGUUACAAAAAUAACGUGUCCACCAGCACGCCGCGCUCCAACCUGGCCAAGGAGCUGGAGAAGUACUCCAAGACCAGCUUCGACUACGGCCAAGGCUACGACAGCCAGCACCACGUCUACAGCAGGGGGAAGACAGGCCUGGCCCCCAAGGCCCACGGACGGGACACGGACACCUCACCCAAGGGAUAUGAUGCCAAGCACUACUGUAAGAGCCCAGCCAGCAGCACGACUAGCAGCUAUGCUCCCAGCAGCACGACGAGCAGAUACGCUCCCAGCAGCACGACGAGUAGAUACGCUCCCAGCAGCAGCAGUCUGAGCUGCGGAGGGGGAGGAGGAGGGGGCGGCAGCAGCGCCAGCAGCACCUGCAGUAAGAGCAGCUUUGACUACACACAGGAUACAGAGGCUGCUCACAUGGCCGCCACGGCCAUCCUCAACCUGUCCACGCGCUGCAGGGAGAUGCCCCACGGCCUGGGAGGCAAGCCCCAGGAUCUCCUCUCCCAGAGUCCUGAUGGUGACAUGGAUGACAGCAGUACUCUUGACCUGAGUGUGAGCCGGGGGCAGCCGGGGGGUCCGGAGGGGAGUGGCACGGUGCUGACCCCCCUGCAGCCCAUGUCCACCCAGCGCCAGGCCCUGCUCAACAGCAGCCGCUGCUACCAGAUGAGUGAGGCCGACUGCUGGGACCUGCCCGUGGACUACACCAAGAUCAAGCGCAUCACCGACGACGAUCACAAAGAGUCUUCUUUUCUUUCAUCCCUCCACCAGGAGGAGGACCUGGACCCGUUCCAGGACCUUCUAGACGAGCAUCACUACGGAGGGGACGUGACCAUGCCCAGCCCAAAACACAAGUACGCCCCCUGCAAGGAGGGCAAGGAAGAGCUCAUCACUCUCUCCAGCUACCAGCUAGCUGACAAAAGCAUCUGCAGUAUGAUGAUGACCAAUGCGCAAGACCUCAAGUGUCCCACUCCAGGAUGUGACGGGUCUGGACACAUCACUGGGAACUACGCCUCGCACAGGAGACCUUUCCCCUCUAGUCUGUCAGGCUGUCCACGGGCCAAGAAGAGCGGGAUCAAGAUACUGCACAGCAAGGAGGACAAGGACGACCAGGAGCCAAUCAGGUGUCCCGUCCCAGGCUGCGACGGACAGGGUCAUGUGACGGGGAAGUAUGCGUCCCACCGCAGUGCGUCAGGCUGCCCCCUGGCGGCCAAACGGCAGAAGGACGGCUACGUUAACGGCUCCCAGUUUGCCUGGAAGUCCGGGAAGACAGAUGGCAUGUCGUGCCCAACCCCGGGCUGCGAUGGAUCGGGACAUGUCAGUGGGAGCUUCCUGACACAUCGGAGUCUCUCCGGCUGUCCCCGUGCCACCUCAGCCAUGAAGAAAGCCAGAAUGACAGGAGUUGAAAUGUUGACAAUCAAGCAACGUGCAAGCAAAGGAAUGGAAAAAGAUGAGGAAAUCAAACAGCUGGAUGAAGAAAUCAAAGAUCUAAACGAAUCAAACAAUCAAGUAGAAUCAGACAUGAUUAAACUUAGGACACAAAUCACCACUAUGGAGACUAACCUGAAGUCCAUAGAGGACGAGAACAAAGUGAUUGAGCAGCAGAAUGACUCCCUACUGCACGAGCUAGCCAACCUCAGCCACUCUCUCAUCAACAGCUUAGCUAAUAUCCAGCUCCCACAUAUGAAACCGAUGCCACAGAAAGAGGCCCCAGUUAAACAUAGCUGCUGUUUACAGAUGCCCCACAGAGAGCCAAUGAAUGAACAAAACUUUGACACUUAUGUGAGUACUUUGACAGACAUGUACACCCAUCAGGACCAAUACCAGAGUCCAGAAAACAAGGAACUAUUGGAGAACAUCAAACAAGCGGUGCAAGGCAUCCAAGUGUAGUAGCCUAUCUUCUGGCCAAAAGGCCCAGUCUGAGGCCAAAUCAAAUGAUGUUAAAGCAACAAAUAAAAGUCAAAAGAGAAUGGAUUAUGAUUGUUGCUGCUGUAAUUUACCGUAGUAUUUAUUUUCUUCAUUAUGCUGUAAUGCUCUGAGCUCCAUUGUAAUGGGUUUUCUGCCUUGCUUUAAAAAUAGUUCCCAAUGGCAAAAGUUUCAAAGAACAUUCACGUUUUGUACAUUUUCAUAUGACCUAAUAUAAUGUGAUGUACUGUUUAUAGCUGCUAAUGUAUGCACAUUUUAGUGUAUAUGUAUUUAUUAAUUGUAAGCUUGUAUCAUUCAUUAUUUUAACGAUAUUGAUAAAAAGGACAAAACUGAGUGCCACGGGUAGUGGGCCAGAUGAGGGCAAUGUGAGGACCAAUCAGAACUCAGUGCCACGGGUGGGGAGCCAGAUGAGGGCAAUGUGAGGACCAAUCAGAACUGAGUGCCACGGGUAGGCAGCCAGAUGAGGGCAAUGUGAGGACCAAUCAGAACUGAGUGCCACGGGUGGGGAGCCAGAUGAGGACAAUGUGAGGACCAAUCAUUUUUAGAUAAGCUUUUCUCUAAGUAUGUCAUAGAAAACAAAAAUGACCUUUGGUGUGAAGAUUGUUUAAUGGAUGUAAAUGUAUUGAUUUUUGUAACAAUGUUUGAAAAACUCUUUGUCUUCAGUGGUCUGUGUGAACACUAAUAAUAAUGUCUGUGUUUAAAUCAAGUUUAAGAAGAAACCAUGUAUAAAUAUGACACAUUUGAAACAUCAUGACACGGAACUGCUAACUGGUCCAACUCCCAUAACCUAGAAUGACUAUAGUUCAUUUACUGAGAAAUAAAACGUCUUAGUAAUCUGCGUUGUUAAAAACACACAGUUAGAUGUCCAACUCCCAUAACCUAGAAUGACUAUACUUAAUUUACUUAGAAAUAAAACGUCUUAGUAAUCUGUGUUGUUUAAAACACACAGUUAGAUGUCUAACUCCCAUAACCUAGAAUGACUAUACCUCAUUUAGUUGGAAAUAAAACGUUUUAGUAAUCUGUGUUGUUAAAAACACACAGAUAGAUGUCCAACUCCCAUAACCUAGUAAGACUAUACUUAAUUUAGUUAGAAAUAAAACGUCUUAGUAAUCUGUGUUGUUAAAAACACACAGCGAGAUGUCCAACUCCCAUAACCUAAAAUGACUAUACUUCAUUUACUUAGAAAUAAAACGUCUUAGUAAUCUGUGUUGUUAAAAACACAGAGCGAGAUGUCCAACGACCAAUGGCUAUGGAAAAUAUAAAGGAGACAAUCUAGCAUUACUAAUUUAUUUGAAUUCUAUUGAAUACUUAGUAGGACCACUUAUCAGCAAUAUUGGUAUAACAAUGAUUACAUCACUUGUUUAGAUAUGGGAUGCAAUCGAUAUAGAAAAAGUUUGGGUAUAUGCAAUUUCUUAUAAAUGAAAUUAUAGCUGAUAAAACUCUUUUUACUAACAAUGUAAAUGUAUUAAGUUUUGUAUAAAUCUUUUAAUACAAUCAUGUUUUAGAAAUUCAACAUGGAGAGAUCAGUUCCAAAACGAAGGAUGGAUGAGUUAAUGAGUUUCGUUCUUUUCAUGUUACAUUUUGCACAGGGACACCUUUGUUUCCAUGUUUUGAUUGAAACUUAAAGAGGUACUUGAAAGCUCAAAUUGAUGGUCAGAGGUUUUGUAGGAAAGUUAUCUUUACAACGGCUGAUUGAUGCGCUCGACUUACAGGGUCAACGUCCUUCAUUAAUCAUAGUAUAUUAUUGCACUUGUUCAGUUGAAAUGUCUUUGCGAUCAUGCAUCUAUGUGUCUGAGCCACAACACAUUAACAUGAGAUAAAGACUGCUCUUUGAUUCAGUCCUAAAAGUGGAUAUAUUGGUAAAAAAACAUGUUAUUGAUAUCCAUUAUAACAGCAAAGAAUGCUAACCAACAACAGUGACAUUGGUAAUAGUGGUCCAUGAUUGUUUCUAUGAUUGAUGACAAUUUCAUGAGUAAAUUGCAAUCACUUUCUAGGAGACACCCUUAAUACAUGUAUUCAUAGUACUUAAAGGCCCAAUGCAGUCAAAAACAUGAUUUUCCUGUGUUUCAUAUAUAUUUCCGCACAAUGAGUUUGGAAUAAUACUGUGAAAUUGUGAAAAUUAUGAUAAUGCCCUUUUCGUGUAAGAGCUGUUUUAAAAGACUGCCUGAAAUUUCUGCCUGUUUUGGUGGGAUGGGAGUUUUGGCUGUAAAUUAGUUAAAAGACUAAUAAGAAAGCGAGUUCCAAAUCUCUCUGCCAAUAACAGCUAGUUUUCAGUUUUCCCUUCCCCACUCAGACCACUCCCAGACAGUCCAAGAAAAA